AUGGUGGUGAAGGUCUACGGCAGCAGCCGCGCGGUGUCCGUGCAGAGGGUGAUGCUCUGCCUGGUAGAGAAGGGGGUGGACUUUGAGGUCGUCCAUGUCGACCUGGACACUAUGGAGCACAAGACCACCGAGUAUCUCGUCAAGCAGGUAAGUUGAGCAAUGUGCCCUUCUUCUCCGCCGCCGGCGCCGGUACUGAUGGAUGUUUGAUCCCUCUUUCAGCCCUUCGGGAAGGUCCCUUACAUCGAAGACGGAGACCUCAAGCUCUACGGUAAGUAAGUGGGUAGGUGUAGGUGGGUUUCUGCUCUGUUCAUGGCGGAAAUGAACGGUGAUGUUGCAGAGUCGAGGGCCAUAGCGAGGUACUACGCGGCGAAGCACGCGGGGAGAGGGGCGGCGCUGCUGGGAAAGUCGCUGGAGGAGCGGGCCUUCGUGGACCAGUGGACAGACGUGGAGGCCAUGAACUUCGACCCCCUGGUUUUCCAGGUCGUCUUCAACCUCGUCAUCCUCCCGCGGCUCGGCGUUCCGGCCGACGGCGGCGCCGCGCAGGUGGCGCUGCAGAAGCUGGACAAGGUGCUGGACAUCUACGAGCACCGCCUGUCCAGGAGCAAGUACCUUGCCGGGGAGGAGUUCACCCUGGCGGACUUGAGCCACAUCCCCGCCACCCGCCGCCUGUUGGAGGACGCAGGUCUGAGCUGCCUCCUCGCCGGGAGGAAGCACCUCAGGGCCUGGUGGGACGACGUCUCCGGCCGCCCCGCGUGGAAGAAGGUGGUGGACAUGGAGGACUGCUGA